AUGUCGCGGUCUUUCUAUGUUGAUUCACUUAUUAUCAAGGACACAGCUCGUCCCGCGCCCUUAAGCGAGCAUGCAGGGCAAGACUUUCUCAUCCCCAUCAGCAUGCACUCGCCCAGUGUGAUGAGUGUCACGGCGCCGGUUUGUCCGUCCAGGAAGAGUGGUACUUUCUGUGUCUGCCCACUCUGCGUCUCAUCGCAUAUUCAUUCGCCCCGGGGAGGAAUUCCGUUACUGAAAGGUCAAUUCCCCAGCGGCGAGACCCCUUACUGCCAAAGGGUUGCACAUCAACAGAGCCCGGCACUAGCGCACCCUGGACACGGUCAUGCGCCUGUCUGCACGCCCACAACGUACAGCGUCACUGACCCAAGGAGGUACCACUGUCUCUCUCUAGGUGCAUCUGACAGCAGUCACAUCCAGAAUGGCAAGCGGAUGCGCACUGCAUUCACCAGUACGCAGCUUCUGGAACUGGAGAGAGAGUUUUCUUCAAACAUGUACUUAUCGCGACUGCGCAGAAUCGAAAUCGCGACUUACCUUAAUCUUUCCGAGAAACAGGUGAAAAUCUGGUUCCAAAAUCGGCGCGUGAAACACAAGAAAGAGGGUAAAGGCACGCAAAGGACCACGCACGCCGGUUGCAAAUGUUCCAGUGGUCACUCGCACUACCCACGGUCAGAGGAUGAAGAGUCCUUAUCACCGGCUUCAGCUACAGAAGAGAAGGAGAUUUCGCCUGUAUGA